AUGGAACAGCUAAAGUAUGCCAAGGACCAGCCUUCUGGCUUCACCAACCGCAUCGAGCGAGUUGCUAUUGUUGGCGCUGGAGGAAGGAUCGGAAAACAUAUUACAGAAGCUCUGAUCGCGAAGGGAAAGCACGAAAUCACCGUCCUUUCUCGAGAAGGUAGUGACAGCAAAGUCCCAGUUGGCGUUAAGGUCGUCCGAGUAAACUACGACGAUGAGGAGUCUGUAAUCUCCGCGCUCAGAGGCCAGCAAUUCUUGAUUGUGUCAGUGGCUGCCACUGCUCCACGGGGGUCUCAGGAGAAAAUCCUCACUGCAGCGGCUAAAGCGGGUGUUCCGUGGGUAAUGCCUAAUGGAUAUGGAAUUAAUGCUUUCAAUGAGCGACUCGCCAAGGAGGCAAUGAUUGGCCCUGUUGCUAAAUCAGGGAUUAAAGCUGUUGAAGAUGGUGGUGUCUCAUCCUGGGUACUCCUCGUUUGCGGCUUCUGGUACGAAUUUUCGCUUGCUAUGGGCCCGCCGUGGUAUGGGUUCGACUUUGCAAACAAAAAGGUCGAAUUCUCCGACGAUGGAAACACAGUUAUCAACACAAGCACUUGGGAGCAGUGCGGUCGCGCUGUUGCAAACCUUCUUAGCCUUAAUGAGCUGCCCGAUGAUGAGAACGAUAACUCUCCCUCUAUCUCUCGAUGGCGAAACAAGCCAAUGUUCAUCUCCAGCUUCCAGAUUUCACAGAGAGACAUGUUGGACAGCGUGAACCGUGUCCAGGGAUUAACUGAUAAGGACUGGAAAAUCGAACAUGAACCUUCUGAUGUUCGUUAUCAGAGAGGAUUGGACAUCUUGAAGUCAGGGAGCCGUCUUGGAUUUGUGACAGCCUUGUACGCACGAGGCUUCUAUCCUAACGGGGACGCGAACUUUGAGGCCACAGAGACGCUUGCUAAUGAGGCACUUGGUCUACCCAAGGAGAGCAUCGACGAAGCUACCAAGAGAGCAAUUCAAAUGGUUGAUGAGGGCUUCAAUACACGCAACUGA